CAGAAUCGUAGCGCGUUUCAGUUCGGUCUCUGAUAUUAUUGUGUGCGGAAGUGAAGGACGAGCCAGCGUGUUGGUAGCCCAGAUAAUAAUUCCAAUUGACUAUGAUUUGCCCCAAUUAGUAGCAGACAAGCUGGAAAGAAACAAGAUCAACUAGUUAAUGGCUAUUGUUAACUACUAUAGUUAAUGUUAGUGUAACAUUCUCCAUUCUGUACAGGGAAAAGUAGUGUUUAGCUAAUAGCUAACGUUAGCUAGCUAUUCUAGAGAUGGCCAGGUUCAUUACACCCGGUUCCAUGGAGGCCGUCUCGCGGCUGGGCGGUGCACCGGGGGGGAAGAGGGGUGCUCCGGCCUUGGACACUGAUACGGACUCCACACGGGAGAUUAAAACCCACUUCCGUGUGUGUCGGUUCAUCAUGGAAACGGGUGUGAAGUUGGGCAUGCGUUCGGUGCCCGUGGCGACAGCGUGUGUGUUGUACCACCGGUUCUUCCAGUGUGUGAGUGUGACGGUGUAUGAGCCCUACCUGGUGGCUAUGAGCUGCAUCUACCUAGCAGGCAAGGUGGAGGAGCAGCACCUUCGCACCCGUGACAUCAUCAACGUGUGUCACAGGUAUUUCCACAGUAGUAGUGAACCUCUGAACUGUGACGGUGAGUUCUGGGACCUCAGGGACAGUGUGGUGCAGUGUGAACUCCUGGUCCUCAGACAACUCAACUUCCACGUCUCCUUCCAGCACCCACACAAGUAUCUCCUCCACUACCUCCUGUCGGUGAAGUCGUUAGUGAAUCGUCACGCCUGGUCCAGAACUCCCGUCGCCGAGACCACCUGGGCGUUGCUUAGAGACUGUUACCAUGGCACCAUGUGUGUGCGCCACGCCCCCCAACACAUCGCCAUAGCAACGCUGUACCUGGCACUACUCAGCUACGGGGUGGAGGUUCCUGUCGGAGAGAGAGAGUGGUGGCAGGUGCUGUGUGAAGACAUCACUAAGGAACACAUUGAUGCCAUCAUCUCUGACCUGCUACACCUCUACGACAUGGAGGCCAAAUGUACCUGAGGGAGGGGUGUGUGUGUGUGUGUGUGUGUGUGUGUGUGUGUGUGUGUGUGUGUGUGUGUGUGUGUGUGUGUGUGUGUGUGUGUGUGUGUGUGUGUGUGUGUGUGUGUGUACUACUUUCUGUACUCUGAAGAACUGAGCUGUUUUUCAACGUUUCAUCUUUUUGAUAAUAAAUGUCAAUACAUAACUGGUUUAGUUAGGAACUCACCAGGUUGUCUAGGACCAGGUUUUAGUUGGACACUGAUUAAAGGGAAUUAACCAGCAGACACACGGCCCUUUGACACUCUAUGAUGUUGCAUCGAAAUAAAACAGAAACAACAAGAA